AUGGCCGGACGAGGCCAACAGUUGAAGCCCCGCCGUGUUGUUGGCCGCAUUGCUCCUAUUAGACAAGGAAGGAUGGAUGAUGUGCAGCCUGGGUUUUUUGGAUUUUCUGCCCUCCACACCAAACGGUUCAAGCAGCUCAGACGUUUGCAAAACCUUUGUCGGUGGGCUGACAAUCACGUCAUGAAUGAUGUCACGGACUGUCUUCAUGGAAUUGGACUUUGGAAUUCUAUCCUGCGUUCUUCUGGAUUUGGCUCUUCCUUUUCCAAUUGGUGGCCUUCCCGGAGUUAUGUCAGCCCACUUGACCCUCUGGUCAUUCCUCCUUUCUGUCCUUGCCCUGCAGUCGCCCGACAGAUUUAUGAUGCUGUGCAUGCUGAUGUCAGGCUUUUGGAGCAAAGAUUAACCCAGGCUAGGAAAGCCAGUAAGGUUGCCCAACAUGAUCGAGAUCAUCUGCUGGUGUUCCGUGAUGUUGCUCGUCCGGCUGCUGCCCCUGUCGAAAGUCUUGUACAUCGGGUCGAAGCCAAGGUUGUCGCUGUUGAUCCUACCGAGUGUGCCGUGGAGUUAGAUCACCCAGUUCAGAUGAUUCCUGAUGAGCCGGUCUGGAUUUCGGGGCAUGCACAUGAGAUCAUACAUGCUGAGUAUGACAAGGUUUGGGUACAUGAUGUGUCCUCGGUGCAAGUGGCCGACACCUGCGUUCAGUCCAAAUAUGUGGGCGACCUUCAAGCCCUGUUUGAUGCCUUUCAUGAGCAAUGGAAAUUGAGGUGGUGUCGUCACGACGGAGUCCCCUUCAGCCGUUGGCAGGAGCUUUUGGACUUUGCCCGACGGAUCAUCCGUCCCACUGUAGUGCCUCAUUUGGCUGUUGACUGUGCCUUGCUCCAAGCGGAGGUGCACCGGAAGAAGAAACGGGCCGCUACUGGGCUGGAUGGGGUUAGCAGGCAUGACCUUGUCCUUGCGGAUCCCUUGACUUUGACCAGCCUCACCAGCAUGUACCGGCGGGCUGAAACCGAUGGCACAUGGCCUGCUCAACUUGUAGCUGGCAAGGUCCAUUCCUUGGCCAAGACUGAAUCUGCAUCCUCCGUAGGAGACUACAGGCCCAUAACUAUCUUUGGACUGACCUAUCGGGCUUGGAGUAGUAUUCAGUCGAGAUACUUGCUUGCCUUCGCUGAUCAGUGGGUUGAUGAUAGUGUGUUUGGCAACCGUCGGGGUAGACAGGCCUCAGACUUAUGGAUUCAGUUGCUCUCUCAGAUUGAGUUGGCCUACUCUUCCUCCACUGGCCUUGCUGGCAUUUCAGCGGACAUUGAGAAAUGUUUCAACUGCAUCCCUCGGUUUCCGGCACUGUGCCUUGCUGUCCUUGUUGGCACUCCCAAUGAGGUCACCACUGCCUGGAGUGGCGCUUUGGCCAGCAUGUGUCGCCACUUCAAAGUUCGUGAGUCGUUCUCUUCAGGGUUCCUGACUUCCACUGGUUUGGCUGAAGGCUGUGGACUUUCUGUCUUUGGUAUGCUGCUGGUUGAUCACUUGUUUGCCUGUUGGCUCCGCUUCCAAGCCCCACCUGUGAGUUGCCUCACCUAUGUUGAUGAUUGGCAGACAAUCACCAGGGACGUUGACUACACUGUCCGUCAACUUGCCUUGGUUGAAAGGUUUGCUGCCAUGUUUGAUCUUACCAUAGAUCGCCGGAAGACCUUUGGAUGGGCCACCUGCCCUGACAUGCGACGCUGCAUGAGAGAGCAGGGCAUAAGGGUUUUACACCAUGCCCGUGAGCUGGGUGGGCAUAUGGGUAUCUCCAAGCAGUACACCAACCGUACUGUUGCCCAACGCAUUGCUGACCUUGGGGAAUUUUGGGUUCAACUGCGCUCCAGCCAUGCCAAAUACAAGGCCAAAGUUUACAUGCUGCGGGCCGUUGCCUGGCCUAGAGGCCUUCAUGCCAUCUCCAGUGCUCCCAUUGGGGACCAAACUUGGCUGGCGUUGAGACGUAGUGCGGUUAAAGCUUUGGGUUGGCAGAAGCCAGGGGUCAAUCCUGCUGUUCUUCUCAGCCUUGUUGAAUCAAUGGUUGACCCACAGUUUGUGGCCAUCUCCUGGACUUUUCGCACUUUGCGUGCUCAGUGCCCUGUGGAUUUUUGGGCCGUUAAUGUUGCUCCGUUAGCCAAUGGGGACCUGGACUUACCCCCCAAUGCUCCUGCUUCCAUUGCUCUGCACCGUGCGCAGGCUGUUGGGCUUCAGGUUGAACGGAAUGGGUUUGUUGUGGAUCAGUUUGGCCCGUUUUGUUUGCAGUCUUGCAACAUUGUUGAAGUUGACUUGCGUUUGCAGUGGGCAUGGAAACUUGUCAUUGCGCAGAAGGUUUCCCACAGAAUGGAUUUUCAUGGGCUCUGGCAAGUCGACUUAGCAGCCACCCGACGUGCCCUUGCUCUGUUGGGGCCCGAUGAUCAAGCCUUGUAUCGUCUUGGACUUGCAGGAGGCUUGUAUACUGAAAGUUACAAGUCCAAAUGGACUGAUCAAGCUGACUGUUGUGACUGGUGCGGCCAACCUGACACGUUGAGGCAUCGGUUUUGGGAAUGCCCUCAAAACAAAGAUCUGCGGGAAUCCUUAGCCCCGGAUAUCCCUCCUAUCCUUGAUCAGCUCCCUCCUGUCAUGUCCCUCAGGGGUUGGGCUUUACUUCCCCCUACCUGGCACUCUUGGAUUCAGCUUCUGGUGAGUCUUCCGCCAUGUCCGUUGGGGACGUCUGUUGGAUUUGCCAAGGGGGUCUGGAAUCAUGUGUUCACGGAUGGGUCCUGCCUGUUUCAGUCUUGCCCUCUGUAUCGUUGUGCCGCCUGGUCUGCCAUUCUUGUGCCUGCCUUCUGCUCAAAUUGGACACCGGGUGGUACUCGAGUGGUUGGGGCAUCCUACUUGCCGGGUAUCUGCCAGACUGCCUUUAGAGCUGAGCUGUUUGCAGUGGCCUUUACGCUUCAUCAAGCAGCUGACCAAGGUGCACCGGUGAAGAUCUGGACAGACUGUUUGGGGGUGGUUAACAAAUACAACCUACUGGUCAGAGGACACAAGAAGUUGAACCUCAACCGCAGCAAUGCAGACUUGUGGGCUUGGGUGUUACAAUCUGCUGAUCGCCUUGGCUGCCAGAACAUAGUUUUGUGCAAGGUACCGGCGCACCGACCGGUGACUAGUGCCACGACGAAGCUUGAAGCAUGGAUGUUCUUCCAUAACGAUGUAGCUGACAGGUCUGCGAGGAUGGCAAAUCAAGCCAGGCCGCCCAGCUUUUGGGAGGUGUGGGAAGCUCAUGCUCAAGCAACUGGUGUUUCAGCGGAACUUUUUCGACAGGUACAAGCGUUGCAUUUGGCUGUGGGGAGGCGACAGGUCCAGAGCCAUGUCAGUGAUGACACCGGCGAUCAUGGCUCUGGACCUGUCCGCCAAACCAGGAAGUUUGAGACUGCCUUUGAACGAGGACAUUGGGAUGGCAGGUUGCCGCCGCGAGUUUCCAGACUGUAUGGUUCUACAAUCAUGCAGAAGGUCAUCAAGUGGUUUCUGGCGCGCCUUGCGCCUUCUGCCAAUUUGGUCUGGGUUUCUUUUGCACAGUUAUACCUGGAUUUUCAAUUGUCAGUCGGACACCCAGGUCCUUUACGAGUUCAGAACCAUUGGGUUGAUGCCGAUCAGAGACCUUACCUGGCGGUUGAGACCUUCUCUUUCAAGCAGAGGACCAAAUGGUUUAGGCAAUGUCUCAAGCAUCUUUGGAAGGAAGCUGGCUUGACCGUUGGCAUGGAGCAGUGUCGACCACGAUCAGUUGCCAUCCAUGCCUUUUUGCCCGCUGCCUCUCUGCCCUGGGAUAGCCAUGCAUUGGCGACUGUAGAUGAGUGGCUUGGAUCUCACCUCAAAGAUCCAUGCGCAAGGGAUGCUGGAAUUUUGAACAGCCUGCCGCUUCCCACAAAAUGUGGUCAAGAAUUCGACUUCCAGGAGAUUCGCGAGGCGACACAGCAGUUCAGCGCAGCGCAUCGCCUGGGAGAGGGCACCUAUGGGACCGUCUUUCGUGGCACCCUUCGUGAUGGCACCGAAGUCGCGAUCAAGGCAUUGGCAUCCCCUAAGGAGGGCGGUUUUAGAGAGGAGGUGGAGGUCUUGAGCCGAUUUCGCCAUCCAAAUCUGGUGAUCUUAAUGGGCUUCGCCAGAAAUGGGCGUGAGCGUUACCUUGUUUACGAGCUCCUUCCAGGGGGGGACGUUCAUUCACGCCUGAACAAGGAUUUGAGUUUCACCUGGGAAAAGCGUCUGAACGUGGUUUUGGACUGCGCCCUGGGUCUGAGCCAUUUGCACGGAUCGCGGCCGCAGGUCUUUCACCGCGACGUGAAGACGCAAAACAUGUUAAUGGACAAGAAUGGCACGGGCAAGGUCGCGGACUUUGGACUUGCUUGCCUUGCACAGCCCAACCAACGCUCUUUGAUCGUCCGCGAGACUUCGGGGACCUUGGGGUAUGCGGAUCCGCUCUACAUACGCUCAGGAGAGAUCACCGAGAAGUCGGAAGUGUACUCCUUGGGGAUGGUGUUGUUGGAGGUGCUGACCGGAAGGCCGCCUGCACUACAACAUCCCAAUGGGAAGAUUGAGUAUCAGUUCGACCAUCUCAAUGGUGACCUCCGAAAGCUCCUGGCCAUGGUGGAUCGCCGUGGGCGGUGGCCACAACUCAUGGCGGAAUACGUGGGACAUUUAGCUUUACAGUGUACCUGUGAGCAGGCCAAGUUCCGGCCGAGCUUCGUAGAGAUUGUGACGCAGUUGCGGAAGUGGCUAAGAGACGAGUCCUUGCAUCAACCAUCGCCCGUUUCAGGUGGUCAUUCGCCGCAGCUACCCGCGGGCGUUCAAAGUAUUCAGGCCCAGCGCGACUCCAAUGGCCACGCCAAGGCGCAGUCCCCUGCAGUGCAAGUGCAACAAGUGCAACGGCCGCAGGUGGCCUCGCCUUGGCACGAUCCACGCCUCAGCCAGGCGGCAAGUCCAUUUGGAAACUCUCUGAAACCAGUGGCAGGUGGAUACAUGCAGCAGCCACAGCAGCCACAGCAGCCACAGCAGCCAAAGCAGCAGCCAGCGGCCGUGCCGGGUGAACGCCUUUCCUGGGAACAGAUCCAACAGCAGCAGCUACAGCGGGAACAGCGCGAAGCGCAAGCGGCGCAAGCGGCGCAGGCUGCGCAUGCGGCGCACGCGCAACGCGAAGCGCAAGUUGCGCGCGAGCAGCGGGAAGCGGUGAGGGAAGUGGAGCAGAGAGUGCGAGAGCGCGAGGAACAGCUCAGAGCAAAGCUGCCGUUCCCGCAGCGAUCACAAGGUGAUAGAAGCCCAGCUGGGAAUCCAGGAUUUCCUGAUGGCAGAGGCUUCGGGGUCGAUGCCCGGGAUGUCCGGCCUGUCGAAGGAUGGAACCAAGGUAGUCGCAACGUGCCGCGCGGAUGGGAGGAUGGUCAGCGAAGUGCAGAGACCUACACGCGAGCUUCACCAGCCGCGCGGGACUCCACUCCCAGUGCCAAGGCUUCGACCCCAGGUGAAGCUAUGGCGGGGGCCACGGAUUCCACUGCAGCUGAGAGUGACCGACCAAGUCUGGGCCAAGUGCGAAACCGAGAAGAGGAACGUGCAAAGAACAUGGCAAUUCUCAUGGGAAUGAGCUUCAGCAAAGAGAAAGCCGCGCAAGCUCUGGAGCGUUGCUCAACGGUGGAAGCUGCUGUGGAGUGGAUCUUCACCUCUGAGUGACUUCAUGAGCGAAGCGAUGCGCUUCCGUCAAAAGCUGGGAAUUUCACCUUGAC